GGUUGCUGGGUUGGUGGGGCACUCCUCAGCAAGAUGGCUGCAUUGCUGCGCGCAAUAGUGGCAUCCUGGUGAAAUGACGCAAGCCACAGUUUACGUUCAGUCCUCGAGGCUCUGAGCUGCUCUCCAGUCUCCAUAGCGCAGAUCCCGCCCGACUCACAGCCCGGAAGACUGACCGGCUACCCUUCAGUGGACCGAGCGGAACCGGUUCAUCUGAGUUACUGGCCUAUCAUAUUUUACCACCUGACUGAAACAUCAGAACUCAAGCAACAAAAGAUGAAGCAAAAAACCUUCAAGGUGAGAGUGCGAUGAGGAGAGCUUUCAGAGUGUGAGGCCAUGGGCUGCACCUCGGCCAAGCAGGUGUCGGCCGUGCCCAACGAUGAGGAGGGACGCGGCAAGGCCUAUAGCAAUGGAGACCUCUUCAGUGAUGAAUACAAGAUGAAGGGAGUGGAGGAGGUGAAGUACAUGAGAGGGGAUGAAAACCGGGUGAAUGCACGCAACCAGGAGAACCUGGAGAAGAGUAAUGUGCAUUACAAAGGCAAACAGCAGAAAGAGGUCAAUGCUGCCAACAUCAAGUCUAAUAUCCACACAUCAGAGAGCCAGCAGGAAUUCUUCAGGAUGCUGGAUGAGAAGAUUGAGAAGGGGCGAGACUACUGUUCGGAGGAGGAGGAGGAGGAAGAUGGGACAUAGCACAGAGGCCCCCCCCGAGAUUUACCCCUACAGAGAGCCUCACAGUGUGUGUGAGUGUGUGAGUGUUUGUGAAUGAGUACAUGUGUGCUUAUGUGUGCCUGCGAGAGAGAAAGAGAGCGUGAGAGAGAGAAUUUAAUCAGUGUUUUACCAAUGGGGCGCUGAUGUGAUGAGACACUUUAUGUGUUGGUAUGAGCAUGUGUGUGAUUUUGAACGUAUGGUAAAGAUAGUAUUUUAAUAGAAAGAUAGAGAGUUGGAGUGUGAGAGAGAGAGAGAGAGAGAGAGACAAAAUGGGAUAAAGGACACUUCAGAGUCUCCUGCCCUCCCUUUUUAAGAGUGUCAGGCCUUCAGGCCCCUGGCAGACAGAUGGAGGUGGAAGUGCGAUGAUGGGUUCUUACAGAUGAGGGAGAGAUGGAGGAGGAUGUGACGGUGGAAGGGCACACAUCGCCAUGAACAUGGAAAAAAAGGACUAGACACGGUCACAGAGUUAUAUCCUCAAGCAGGACAACAUCCCUCCUACUGUCCCUCCAUAUCCCUCUGUCUGUCCAACCCUGAAAAUAUAAUCCCAGCUAUUGGACAAAGGAAGGCCCAAAAACGGAGGCCCGGGAAGUACAAAAGUCUUUGUGCGAUAUGUGGUGAAGCCCCUCAGAGGAGGCAGAGGAGUUACCUACAUCACUAGGAUCCAUUCUGAACUUUUUGGCCUGCCUUCCUACAGCCAUGGAGGAGGAAAUAUGAGUGUGUGGAGAAGACAUCUGUGAUAUUUUAAUAAGAGAGAAUAAAGAGCAAGCUGGCCAUUUAGAAACUUUAAAACUCUUCCUGCCUUCUGAAGUCAAGGACUUUUUUUUUUAAAACUCUGUUCUGCAUUCACUUUUUUCAGUUGUUUGCCUCCUAUUUUGUGAUGUUCUUUUCUCUUCAGUUUAUUUUUUCUUCUUGGCUUCUUUCUUAAUGUAUCAUCAUAAUGUUAUUAUCAUCCCCAUCACUGCAGCAGGCAGACUGAAGCUGCAUAAGUUCAGAGCAUCUGUGUCUCAGCUCCAUGCAUCCUCCUUCACAAACUCCGACACAAACACAUACGUGAGUCUUUUUUAUUGUAUAUACGUCAACACACACUCAUUCAAACAUCAACCUGAGCAAGUACAUUUACAACAAACAAGCACACACAUUAUAUCAUCCAUUUCAUUUCACCAGCAGCCUGUUAUGUGCAUCUAUCAGAAGUGUUCUGUACAGAUCUACUUCUGCUUUGGUUCAGUGUUCUCCAACAUAAACCCACAGAGACACACACACACACACACGCAUACACUCCUGAGCACUGAAGAGGAGGGUGUGUGGAUGCCAUUUAGACACAGACCUCGUCACAUUUUUUUGUUGUCAUCUUUACUGGAUACUUCCUGUUGUAUUAUUUUGAAUACUUUUUUCUAUUAAAAAAUAAAAACAAAGAUGCUCCUA